UUUUCUUUUUUUUUUUUUAUUGACUGAAUACGAUCCCUUGUAAGAACAGCUUUGACUCAUCUAAACCAUGUCAAAAGGCUCGUAUGUCUGUCAGAGAGCAGCUCAUGCUAUUAUAGCUGAACUUGGCCCUUUUCGUAUCUCAAGUGAUGCACUACAAGCCAUAAAUAUGUUUAUUGAUGAAUUUCUUGCACUUUUGUUGAUCUCUGCUUCAUCUCUAGACCUUGUGCGCCUAAAAGCAGCAGUGACUCACUUACUACCUGACUCACUUGGCAAAAGUGCCCUUGUCGAGGCAGAAGUUGAAUUAAGACAGGCGAUUGAGUCCAACCAGCACGAUUUAGUCAUGUAUGAAAAAAUGCGAUCUUUGAAUCAUGGCGGAUUUUUCCCUUUAAAUCAAGUCGUGCCAAUGGUGCAAGAAGCCUGUUUUCACUAUUGUGCCUUGGCCUUUGAAAAACUGACCGACAAAAAAAUUGAACAUUAUGAUUCUCAGCAGAAUUCGAUGGUGAUUGCAUCUAUUGUGAUUGUCUAUCUUACGACCAUUAUUGAGCACAUGGCCGAAUUUAUCCUUAACUCGGUGGCUGUUGCUGCAGAUCAGUCAGAUACUGAGCAUAUCAGGGUUAAGGAGGUCUUGUUUACCUUGUUGGGUGAUCCUCAAAUCAAUGUAUUGUUUCGUCGCAUGACUCUGAAAGACAAGUUGGAAAAAAGAGCAUCGAUGUAUUAUACAGCAUCACUUCCUUCCCCUGUACCAAGUCCUGUACUCUUAAGAAACAAGCGUCAUUCUACAUACGACUCUAGUUCAAAUGAAGACAAGAGUCUAGAUUCUCGCAUCAUGACCUCUAAUUCCUCUAUGCGUUCAAGCGAAAGUCUCCAUGACCGCCCUGUCUCUGUAUUGAGUGAUGGUACUGUCAAAUCAACAGGAAGUAAAAGUCGCUUCAAGAUCUUUGGUAAAGAGAAACGUAACUCCAUCUCGCAUUACUUUACAAAACGACCAAAAACGCCAUCUAUCACAUCACCCAUUUCGCCUUCUUUUAGUGACCAUUCCGAUUUUGACGAAUUGUUGAGAUCAGGCAGCACAAAACGAGUCUCUUUAACACCUACUCGCCUCAAGUCCAUUGAAGUCUCCAGCUCUCCACCAGAUGAACUAUCUUUGGAUUUAGAGAGAAUGAGUUUGGAUAAACCUACCAGAGACUCUUCUUUACCUAUCUCUCCUCCUCCUCGUCGUCGUCGUAUAAGUCGUGAUCAUUAUGUCAACACAAAGCAAGCCAAUGCAAUCGAGACAACUCAUAGUCCACCAUUAACGCCUGCUUCCAGUGUAGCCUCCCGUCCUUCUCAGCGUUCAAGACGUUCUUUUCUAGAAGACAAGCAAGAAGAAGAACCUAUACGGUUUCAUCGGUCCAAUUCAAGCAGACUCUAUAAGCGAAGAGGUGUUCCUCCGCUUGAAAAUGUCAUGUUGGACACAAAGCCAACAAGGCCACCACGCAUCGAAAGGCCCUCCAGUAUGGUUCUGAAGCGUGCUUCUAUGGGAUCAAGACCACCUUCGUUUCAUGAAAGUGCCCUUGAGAUAAUGGCUGCGUCAGAUACAAACAAACUAUGGGAGGAUCUUCGUACUCAAUAUGAAGCAAAUCACAAACUCAUGCCUAUAAAAGAUGAGGAACCAUUGAAGCUAUCGCCGGUCGAUAAACAUGCUGAUAUGAUUUAUGUGAUCCCAUCUUCGUCUACUCGCCCCGCACAAAGGAAAAUACGCUCUAUGGACCGUGGCUGUCAAACAGAUCCUUUAGAAGAUCAAGAUGAAGAAUGGUUUAUUGAAGAAGAAGACUUAAUUGACAGUACAGACGAAGAAAAAGUAGUUGCUGGAUGGCUUUUGGAUGCAUAAUAAUGAUAAUGAUAUUGUAUUUUUAUAUUUAUAUAUACUCUCUAUUGUUAAUCUCUUAAUAUACUAUAUGCU